AUGUCUCUGCAGGAGAGACUGGACAAGAUCCGCUCGUCGCCGAAGCUGCAGAACCAGCAGCAGACGUCGGUCGUCCUGAACGCCAUCGAAGACACUCUCCGCAGCCAGAAAUCCGAGCCCACGCCCACCGCAUACUUCGCUGCUCUACUGUCGCUGCUGGGCCAGUACAUCUCGAACGAUAAGGGAAUCGUCAACAAAGAAGUCACGACCGCGGUCGUCUACCUGCUCGACCUCGUCACCAGCCAUGUUCCAGCGCCGCUCCUCCGAUCGAAGUUUCCGCAAAUUCUCACCAGCCUCGCACCCGCUCUUACCCAUGCCGACGCAGAGGCACCCCUACUACGAGCCAGCAUAGGGUGCUUGGAAUCGCUUCUGAUCGCACAAGACUCGCAAGCAUGGAGCCUGCCGCAAUCGUCGACGAGCCCUCGCGGUGCUGUGGGAGGACUGCUCGGCCUGGCUAUGGACCACAGGCCGAAAGUGCGAAAGCGGGCACAGGAAGCCCUGAGCAACGUGCUUAAGCACCCACCUCCUUCACCAUCGCUCGAUCAUCCCGUAUCAGCAAUGUGCGCCGAAACUGCUCUUGGACACCUCCAGACGGCCGCCGAAGAAGCGAGUAGCAAGAAGAGGAAGCAGAGACAGCGUGAGGAUGGAGCACAUGAUCCAGGGUUGAUGCACGCAAUGCAGCUAGUGAAGACCGUUGCGUCAGCUCAGAAUGGCUGGCCCAGCAAGAAGAUCGAUGCACUAUGCGAGCUGCUGCUCAACAUUUCGAAGGGAAGCAAUGAAUUCCUCACAAUGGCAGCUUUCGAAAUUUUCGAAAUCAUCUUUGCAGGUCUCGCCAAUGAGGUCUCUUCAGCUAAGUUGCCGAGACUUCUAGAGAUCAUCGCAGAGCUCCAGCCUUCGCAAAACGACACACAAUUGCUUCCUCCUUGGAUCGCUGUAUUGAGCAGAGGCUACGACGUCUCCGCGCAAAUCGAGCCAGAUGAGACCUUUCAAAAGCUUCCUGGCCUUUUUAGCAAGAUAUCCGCGUUUCUAUCUUCAUCCUCGCACAAUGUGCGUGUAUCCGCAUCCGAAUGCCUAAUCUCGUUGUUGCACACAUGUGUACCAGAAUCGGUGCUAUUGGAGCCCUCGAUCAUGGACGACAAAGCUCUGGAGAAUAUCGCUCGCACGCUGAAAGAGCUGCUGAGCGUGAAGUACCAGACUGCUUGGAUGGAAGUCUUCAAUGUGCUCAAGGCAGCUUUCGAGGUCCUGCGCUGGCGCGCCUGCCCGCUUCUUGACAGCGUUGUCAAGGCUGUUGGAGAUCUCCGAAGCGACGAGGCAUUCGCCGGCAAGAAGGAAGCCGAUGAAGUUUUGUCAGCCGCCAUUCGAGCUGCUGGUCCCGAAGCUAUCCUGUCUACCUUGCCACUCAACUUGGACGGUAAAUCUGCCAAAGGACCUGGCCGAGCCUGGCUUCUGCCUGUGAUGCGUGACUCGGUUAGCAACACCAAGCUGGCCCAUUUCCGCGCGGCUUUAGUACCCUUGAGUGAAGUCAUGUUCCAGAGAGUACUCAGUCAUGGCGAAGCCGAGAAGACGAUGGAAAUCAAGAUUUUCGAAACUGUUGUAAACCAGAUCUGGUCGUGCUUGCCAGGGUACUGUCAGCUACCUCUAGACCUGACUGAAGCGCUUGAUCAGUCUUUUGCCGAGCAAUUGAGCAAUCUGCUCUAUCAGCAGCCUCAUAUGCGCACGGAGAUCUGCCGUGCUUUACAAAAUCUCGUCGAUACCAAUAAAGCCAUCGCGGAAUUGGAAGGUGACGAAGAUCUGGUUGAGCAAGGUAGGGUCAGUCGAGCUGAUGCUCAGAGAAACUUGCAGCAUCUCGCUGGCUUUGCGAGCAACUUGCUUGCAGUCCUUUUCAAUGUCUACAGCCAGACCCUGCCGCAGAACCGCGGCAAUCUGCUACAGUGCAUCAAUGCUUACUUGAGCAUAACACCGGAGCAAGAAUUACUCGAGACGUUUCAACGUGUUGCGGGCAUGCUGGAGACAUCUCUUCCCGAAGCUGGGCCUCAGACACAGGCCGAUAAACAAAAGCAGCCCAACAAGGAUUCGAAGAACAAAAUGCCACCGACUUCACAUACUCUCAUGGACCUGAUCAUCACAAUGGCAACGUACCUGCCACGCGAAAGCUUUGCGGGUCUGUUCAACAUGGCUGCGAACGUGGUCAGCAAGCAAGAUGAUCCGCAAUUGCAGAAGAAGGCAUACAAGUUGAUCCCUCGCCUCUCGGAAUCUGAGACUGGACGUCAAGCGCUAGCAGACCGAAAUGCCGACCUUCAGCAAUUGCUGCUCACUUCUGCAGACAAGGUGUCCGCACCAGCUCGCAGGGAUAGACUGGCGUCCAUAGCCGAGAUCAUUCCAGGCAUGCCAAAGACUGACCUGCACUUCAUCCCCUCGAUCGUCUCCGAAGUUGUGAUCAGCUGCAAGGAGGUUAACGAGAAAGCGAGAACGGCUGCCUUUGAUCUACUCGUGCUUAUGGCAGAGAAGAUGGCAGAAGGUGGGACUGUGAAUAACGCCAAGGUUCCACACAUGGCUGCGGAUGCCCCUACUGUGCCUGCGAGCUUGGAGGAGUAUUUCACCAUGGUCUCGGCCGGCCUGGCAGGCUCAACACCGCACAUGAUUUCUGCUUCGAUCACCGCAUUGACUCGGCUACUGUUUGAGUUCCACAGUCGGCUACCGGAGACUACGGUGGCAGAUCUUGUUCAGACUAUGGACCUUUUCUUGACUUCAAACAACCGCGAAAUUGUGCGCUCGGUGCUUGGCUUCGUGAAGGUCUGCAUCAUUUCUCUACCAACGAGCUUGGUGUUGCCACGUCUGGAGACGCUGAUUCCAAAUCUCAUUGUUUGGAGUCACGAACAUAAGCAACACUUCAAGGCAAAGGUCAAGCAUAUUUUCGAGCGAAUGAUCCGGCGAUUUGGAGUGGAAGUUGUGGAGAGGUACACGCCUGAAGCGGAUCGGAAGCUCAUCGCAAACAUUCGCAAGACGCGUGAUCGCAGAAAGAAGAAGCGAGACGCAGGUGAGGAAGACGACGACACCACACCUGGAGCACAGAAGCGCAGCAAGUUCGAGAGCGAGUACGAUGAAGCCAUCUAUGGAUCUGGUUCUGAAUCAGAGUCUGAUAUUUCUGAUGACGAAGUGCUUGGCCGAGCUGUGGCAAAAGGCCAGAAAGCUAAGCAAGGAGGCAACCAGUAUAUCGUCGAAGACGAAGACGAACCACUCGAUCUGCUUGACCGGAAGGCUCUUGCGCAUGUGUCAUCGACGAAGCCGUCUAAGCAGAAAGCCGCAGCGGACAACAAAAAGACGAAAGCUAAGACAGAUCUGGACGGCAAGCUCGUCUUCAAUGACGACUCGGAUCUUGAACUCGAAGAGUUUGACGAUGAUGGAAUGAUCGAAGGUGCAGAGCCGGGAGAUGGCACUCUGGAAGGAGGUAUCAAUGCAUACGUUGAGGCGCUGAAGAGCAAGAAUGCUCCUACCAGAGGCCAGAAGGGCAAGCUGAAGUUCAAGAAUGUGCGAGAUGAUGAUGAAAUGGACAUUGACGAAGACGAUGCUAUGGCGGCUAAGAAGAAGCUCGAUGCGAAGAGUCCUCGUGGCAAGCAGCAACCUCAGCGACGCGGUCUUGGUGGUGAGAAAGCGAAGGGCUUCUCGAACGGAGGCAAGGUGCAGAAGUCGCCAGGGCGAGGAUUUAAGCAUGGGCUGCAAAAAGGUCGCGGGAAAGGAAAAAGGUGA